AAAAUUGUAAAGCUGCCCUCGUACACAGUAUUUCUUCCCCAGCGAGGUGCAGAAGGGUAGAAUGAUGCAUACCAAUGUCCGCAUUACAGUCGAGGUGUGGUCCUUCCUGGUGGGUGUGAGCUUAUCUGGCGGAGCAGUUCACUGGGCACUGCAGAGGUUCCGUCGCCGCCUAUUGCAAGGGACCGGGACAACAGAGGUGAGGGACCCGGCGGGCAAGAGUUAUGCCUCCGCUCUGCUCUACACCACCGGGGUCCUUCUACAGAAUCCGCCCUUCAAACUCCCUAGAAACCUUACUGGCCAGGUAACAUUCAUUCAGACUUUUAUGUCCCUGACGUGUGAACGAGCACAUAGGACAGUGUUGUUGGUGUUCAUGUAAUGCAGUCAUUGUAGGCAGGCACGACCUCAGGGUCAGUCAUGCUGGAAUUAGAGGUGCCGUUACGUGGAGGGACCAGAAUGGUGAUCUGAACCGGCUGGCCAGGGUUGCUGCUGCUGCUGCUGCUUCUAUCUGACAGCAUUCAUGCGCAUCAAGAGUCAACUCACUUCUUUAUUACCGAGUAUAGCUGCAAGAUGUCAGGCUGAGUUGCAGCUUCGUUUAUGAGGCAGCUUAAUGAAAAGCCUGAGGAGAUUCCAACAGUCACGUGUGCACAGAUGCUGGUGGGGUGGUGGCUACUGUUUGGCCUGUUGACAGCGGCUACCUACCGGUCUUCUCUGAUCGCCCACCUAUCGGUGCCGGCCAUGAGCGCGCCUGUGGACACUUUCGAGGAACUGAUAGGCCGUGCUGGGUGGUCUUGGGGGCUGGAGCCAACAUAUGGCGCCGAAUGGGAAUGGUUCAAGGGUAGCGCUUCGCCCACCGUCAGGAAGGUCUUCCAGGGAAUCGAGGUACUGCCAACCAAGGAGCACCUGCAACGUGUCAUGGCGGGCAGCCACGCCCUUCUCACCUGGAAAUUUUACAUUCAGUCCCUUAUCGCCUCGCGCUUCACUGACGCCAGCGGCUACACUCCCCUCUACAUUGGCCGCUCUCAGCAGUACGUCAGCACCGGCUACGGUUGGGGCUUCAGGAAAGGCGCACCGUUCCUCCGCCGUAUAAAUGAAGUAAAGCAGUGGCUGCUGGAGGCAGGACUCGUCAACUACUGGCUGGAUGACCUCAUCCAGGCCUCGGCGCAGGCAGCCAGGAUGAAGCAGGCCGCGGCAGGGGGUACGGAGCAGAAAGAGCAGGCCAGGGCGGCAGAGGACGGGCGCUUGGUGCUGGGAUUGGGUCACCUGCAGACUGCUAUGUACCUCCUGGUGGUGGGGUCCGGGUUUGCCUUCCUAGGCCUGCUGGGGGAACUGGUCUUGCCCCAUCAUUGA